GGGGAAUGGCAGCUGCACCCAUGGUCUCAUCAGCAACUGGACAUAUGCCCGACGACCACUAUAACUCUUCUUCCUGGGACUAUGUCGAAAGUGCACCAAGCAUCUCUCCGACAGCCAGCAAUGCUUCCCAUUCGCAACACUCUCGACCGCUAAUCGCGUCAACACCUUCAGGCAGAGACCCUUCGUCAAGCAAUGGAUCCUCGACAUUUGGAACUUCACCUCCGUCUGCCCCGUCAAAAUCAGUCUCGCCACCCCCUCAGCCAAGCAUCGACACUUCUGUGAAGCAGUCAGCGCCACCGUUGAAAUGGAGGGAUAGUGUAUCGACGUUGGAGCGACGUGAUACAUCAUCUUCUUAUACCGGAGAACAGGUACAGGUUGUAGAACCUACCUUUGAUGAGAAUGUGCUCAGAGCUUUAUGCGAUAUGGAUUCUGGUGUCCCUCUCCUGCUUGAUCGAAUAAAGCAAAGCAUGGUCUCAUGUAGGGAAGCAUCCGUUUUCUUCAAGAAACGUGCUGUCCUGGAGGAAGAAUACGGAAGGGGUCUACAGAAACUUGCGAAGUCCACCUCGGAGGUUUAUUCUAUGAAUGAUGGGAAGGCCGGGACAUUUGUCGUUGCGUGGCAGUCAAGUAUGAAAAUCCAUGAAACCAUGGCUGAGAAUCGAAUACGCUUUUCUCAACGGCUGAAUGAAAUGAGCGAAGACCUAGCCACUCUAGCGAAAGAAGUAGACAAGAAUCGUAAACAGACCAAAGAACUUGCUACUCGAUACGAGAGAAGUCUACAAGAGUCAGAAACUGCGAUGGAGAAGAGCAAAGCACGUUUCGACAUGACUGCAGAAGAACUUGAGCGCGUCCUUGUGGCAAAGGAAGGGGAGUCCAUGAAGGACACAGCAAUGAGAUCGCCAGGGGCUGGAGGGGGAGGGAAACGGGCUCUGGGAAAAGCCGUCCAGAAAGGUGGUAUGCUUCUCAAGGGCAAAAAUCCUCAAAAUAUCCAGCGCCAAGAGGACGACAUAAGGGCACGGAUGUCGACCGCAUCCGAUGUAUACAGAAAGGCCGUAUUAGAUACGCAGUCUAUGCGGCAAGAAUACUUCAAUUUUCAGCUCCCUCGCAUAUUACGGGCUCUGAAAGAGUGUGCAGACGAGAUUGACCUUGGCACUCAAUACCAUCUCACUCGAUACGCCUAUCUAUUUGAGACUAUUGUCCUCAGUGAUGGCACGACGCUUGCACCUCCCACAGCUGAUGACGGACAAGGCCUUAAAUCAAUCAUCGAAUCAAUUGACAACCGUGCAGAUUUCAAAGUAUAUAUGCAAAAUUAUGCAUAUGCACAUGGAGGACAAGCGCAUCGUGGUCCAAAGCGGGACGGUCCAUGGGAAGAGGGUUUCGUGCCGCCUUUACCGUCGUACGCCAAUACUGACAAAGUCUACUCGAAUCCUACUGCAAAUAUUUCAACAACGUCAGGGACGACGGCCAAUUCAAAUGGACAUCACCAAGGUCCAGACAAAGCCCGGCCAACGUUCGGUGUAGACCUUUCGGAGCAAAUGACACGCGAUACUGUCGAGAUUCCGCCUAUUAUAGAGAAAUGUUGUUCAGCCAUUGAGAAGUAUGGGCUGACUUCUCAGGGUCUGUACCGAAUAAGCGGGACGAUCACCAAGGUGUUGAAAUUAAAAGAACGUCUCGAUAAAGACGUUGACUCAGUGAACCUCGACACGGAAGAAUGGUCUUCCGAUAUUAAUAAUGUUACAAGCGUUCUCAAGCUCUGGCUACGAGAACUUCCUGAUCCACUUUUAACCCAUGCUCUGCACCAAGGCUUUAUUGAAGCUGCGAAAAUUGAGAACGACAGGCUUCGCCACAUCCGACUACAUGAAAGGGUGAAUGAACUUCCUGACCCCAACUACGCUACCUUGAAGUUCUUCAUGGGACACCUACACAAGGUGGUGCAACACGAAGCUCAGAACGCCAUGUCCAUCUCAAAUAUCGCAAUAGUUUUUGGCCCAACCCUCUUUGGCCUGCCGAAUGGAAACCCAGGGACACAACCAAUGACGCAGAACGGCAUGGCAGACGCAGCGUAUCAGAAUAAAGCUAUCGAGACCAUCUUGGAGCAUUAUACUGACAUAUUCAUUGAUGAGAACGAGGAAGUUUAAGGGCGGUCCGAUCGACCCCUUGCCGCUGCUAAUGUGUCCCGCGAGUUGCCUGUCUUUGUUUCCCUCCCACUCCACCGAUUCUUUCUCUUCUUUCUUCCUUUGCACCUAUAAUAUUGUUAUUCACUGAUACCCCACACGCUGCAGCCUCGCACUUACCAUGUGGAUCGCGUCAGUAAAUUUUUGUAAACUAGUUUGGUCUGGACACACACUUUCCCAUUUCACUCCUUUAUUUUCAUUUUUCAUUUCCUUUCAUUUUAGUUUCUGUUGUCGUGAGUCGUGUCCGGAUGUCUCCCUUUGUCAGCGACGAGGGAGGGGAUCAUUAUCAGCGAUGUAUUUUUUCUACUCUCUUUGUUUUGCGGAGCAAUUAUGCUAGCGGACAUCCCA